UCAAAACGGGCUAGUCAUAUUCGAACCGCUUAAAUACAUCGUGAGAAAUUCAUGUUGUUAGUAUUGUAAGAAUCGUGGUGUAGACAUACGUUUAUGUUGAUUAACAGUAGGUAGGUUACUAAAGCUUUGGUCGCGUGAAAAGAUACUUUGCAUACAAGGAUUUUCCUUUAAGGUUUUGUCAAGUUUAAAAUUACAAGACAGCAGCCAUGAUGGUUCAUUGGAUUCUGGGACUGUGUGUGUUGAUGGCUGGAGCCACAGCUAAUCCAUUCAAGCGAUCGCUAUUGACGAGUGACAUAGACUGCAAUGUUGUCAACUGUAAUGCAACUGAAAACAAUGCUGAGGAUCCUUUUGGCCCGGAUGGCCCACCACCGCCUGUGUUGGAUGAGUCUACCCCUGAUGACACUGAUGUCACUGCCGUCUCUAACUCAACACCAAUGCCUCUGGAUACCAGUACACACAAACGUGCUCACUGCAAGAAGAACAAACACAAUAAUCCUAUACCUAAUAACAUUUAAAGCUGACAUAUUUAAACCAGACAUUUCUAAACUUGACAAAAUCUAAAGCUGACAAUUUAAACCUGACAAAAUCUAAAGCUGACAAAUCUAAACCUGACAAAUCUAAAGCUAACUAAUUUAAACCUGAAAUAUCUAAACCUGACAAAAUCUAAAGCUAACAUACAUAAACCUGACAAAAUCUAAAGCUAACAUACAUAAACCUGACAAAAUCUAAAGCUGAAAAUUUUUAACCUAACAUAACAAAAAAAUUAAAAAUCUAAAGCCGACAAAAAUCAUUAAAACGAAUAAAUCUAAAAAGAAAAUACUUUAUUCCUCAUAGUAGAUAAUAAAAUUAAUUAUUUAAAAAUGAUAAAAAAUAAAUUAAAAAAUCAACAUAUUUAGAAAUUAACAACGACUUGUCUUUUAUAGUAAAAUUCUAAAUUUGAUUCAUAAAGCCUUAGUAUUACAAUACAGAAAGUUAUUUUUUAAAACACAUUGUAGAAAAAAAAGCCCUGUUAAAAAUGUAUGCAAAACCAUUUUAAAAAGUGUUUUCCAUUUACUAUGUUCAUAAACAACUAUAGCUCUGAAAGAUUUUUGUUGUGGCACUUAUGUUCAAUAAAAAUUAAAAACACUUUCUUCCCAAAAUGA